GAGCAAAAAAGGUUAAAACUACAACAACGCUCCCUUACAGACACAGGAGGAGUAGGUGUUGGCUUUGAUACUUUUACCCAUCUCAACAUAAUCUAAGAGCAAUACAGACACUAACGAUGGCGGUGAAUUGGCCAGGCCUGCUGUCCAUAGGAGUGUUUUACAUGAUCGUACUGGGCACAGGUAUCUGGGCAUCCAGAAAGUCUAAACGGGAAGAGAAGAAGUGCACUGGAAACCGCAGUGAAGUAACAAUGGUUGGAGGGCGGAACCUUAACAUCUGGGUCAGCAUCUUUACUAUGACAGCCACUUGGGUGGGAGGAGGUUAUAUUUUGGGAAAUGCUGAAGUGGUCUACGAUCCAACAAAGGGGCUGGUGUGGGCAACCGGACCCAUUGCUUUUUCCAUUAACAUGAUUAUAGGUGCACUCUUCUUUGUCACACCGAUCCGGUCAAAGAACUAUGUCACCCUCAUGGACCCGUUUCAAGAGAAGUAUGGCAACACUGUAUCCGCUGUUCUUUUCAUUCCUGCCCUCAUUGGUGAUAUCUUGUGGAUAGCAUGUAUUCUUGGUGCACUGGGAGGGACGGUAAGUGUGGUCAUGGAUAUCUCGUCUCCACUGGCUGUGAGCAUUUCUGCUUCUGUGGCAGUCCUCUAUACGUUAAUGGGAGGGCUGUACUCCGUGGCCUAUACCGAUGUCAUCCAGCUCACCCUCAUGCUCCUGGGCUUGUGGCUCUGUGUGCCUUUUAUCUUGACAAGCCCCACCUCAGCUAACAUCACUGUUGCUGCGGUCACCAAGUUGUACCAGGAGCCAUGGCUCGGCACGCUGGAGCUGGAACAAUCGGGUCGAUGGAUAGAUGACGUUCUGCUUCUGGCCUUUGGAGGAAUUUGCUACCAAGCUUUCUACCAGAGAGUCCUGUCCACAGCCACAGAUGCCCAAGCUAAGAUCACCUGCUAUGCUGGAGCAGUAUUAUGCCCCUUCCUCGGCAUCCCAUCACUUAUCAUUGGGGCAGCAGCAGCAUCUACCAAUUGGAACCAGACGACCUACGGUUCACCCAGCCCGUUUGAACAGGGCAAAUCUGGUAUGAUCUUGCCAAUAGCCCUUCAGCAUCUUUGCCCCGUCUUCGUCUCACUUGUUGGUAUGGGAGCGCUUGCUGCCUCUGUGAUGUCAUCAGUUGACUCUGCACUUCUGUCUGCUGCAUCUCAACUGGGCCGAAAUAUAUUUAAGAACAUUAUCUACAAACAGGCAUCAGAAAAAACAAUUAUUUUGGUUGUUAAAGUAUCAAUCUUCCUGUGCGGGCUGAUGGGAGCAGGCCUGGCCAUGACAACAAGUUCUAUCCACCUUUUCUGGAUCGUCAGUGCGGAUGUUUUGUAUUCGAUGAUGACUCCCCAAGUGACUUGCAUCUUCUACUUAUCAAAGUGGACAAACAAAUAUGGAGCCUUAUCUGGUCUCGUGGUAGCAGUACUACUAAGGGCUCUGGUCGGGGAACCUGUGAUCGGACUCCCUGACUUGCUGCCUCUGCCAUGGGACAAAAUACAGGACGACGGACACCGAUAUCGCUUGUUCCCCUUUCGCACUGCCAUCAUGCUCAUUACCAUCGGGACUAUUUUACUAGUGUCACAACUUGCUGUGCGUUUGUGUGAGAAGAGAGGGAAAAGGGACGCUAAGGCAGACCCAAACUUGCAUGCCAUGGUACCACUCCGAAUGGAUGUAGAGGAACAGGAGAAACUGAAUACAGAACAAAGUUGUCCUUGCAAUGAAGCCAUGAGUACAGGGACAAAUGUUGAGGAUUCGUUAUAAGUUUUUAAGAAAGGAUUUCUUCAUGAAGGGAAACUAAUCAUUUCUGUGGACUGUUGCUUUAAGAGCAAGAGGUGUUUCAUUUAUUAUUGUUUUAUGAAUAUAUGGAUACUUUUACAAAAAAAACUGAACCAAUACUUGUUGAUUGAAUAUAACUAAAAUUGACUUUUAUAUGUUGUUUUAGUUCUUUGCAGGUCUGAAUUUUCCUCUAAUUUAGUAGUUUAUUUUAAUCAGGGACAAUGCACAAAAUAAAAUGAGUCUCAGAAGAGAAAAAGAUGUUUUUUUUUACCAGAUUUAGCUAACAAGCUCAUUUCUAUCUGGUCCUGGGUAAAUGAUGGCAAAAAUAAAUAAAGAUCAACUAGCCAUCUAUACACA